AUGGAAAAGUAAAAAAUGAAUUCAGCAGAAGAAGUUAAAAAAAGCGUUUAAAGAAUUAUCGAUUAUUAGAUAGACUCUUUGAAUUUUGCUAAAAAUAGAAAAUUCGAAUUAGACUAGUACUGGUCUUUGACUGACUUUGAAGUGGAAUUCGAAGUUGGAUGUGUAGGAAUAAUGAAAUGCAAGACAACAUUUCCAAAAGAGAGCGAAAAUGGCGAGAUCGAUCAUGAAGGCUCUAGAAUUGUUCAUGGUGGAGCUAUUGCCAGUAUGAUGGAUAUCAUACCAUUCUUUGCUCUUAGAGCUUUUGAAUACUAGAGACUUUUGAGUCUGGUUCUAGAAACUGAAUAUCUUAGGCCAGUUCCUUCAAGUAUAACAGUUUAAAUUAUUAGCAAAGUCAGAAGGAUAUCAGAGAGUAAUGCUUUUAUAGACACAAAAAUAAUUCAUCCAAUAUCAUAAUAAAUUCUUGUCAAAAGCUCUAUCAUUUUGGCUUUUGGAAAUUUCACACCUAAAUUAUGA